AUGACAAAAAUAAUGAGAUACGUUCCUGACGAUUUCUUUGCGGAACUAUAUCUCUUUUCAUCUGAUGAUUCAGCACAGCUUCUUAUCCACGGGUUACCACUGAACAGUACCCCAAGUGAAGGUUUCGUUACAUUCUCCGAUGGAAAUUCUCGAUAUCUUUCUCUUUUAAUGAAUCUCUUGGAUUCUGUUCAUCAAUUUUCGACCAGACCGGUGAUUGCAUAUGGCAUCGACAUUGAUCUCGAAUUUGACUCUAAACGAUAUCCUCGAUUGAUUCAACGCCGUUUGAACAGAAGCGAUUGCGGCCCAUCGAUCUAUUUCUGUAAAAUUCAUGCAAUUAUCGAAAGCAAACUCGAUUACGGGAUACAUCUAGAAGCAGAUAGCGUCGUCAAUUGGCAUAUUGAUGUUCUUUUCGACGUUGUUCAUCGUUGGCCAUAUCCACUUCCACUUGCCCCUCGACAUCCCGAUGAUCCAGAGAACUAUUAUAUGUUUUUCCGCAAGCAUCGAAUCAGUCGUCGGCGACGUUUAACUCCGUACAUUCAUGCGCAGUUCUCAUGGAAUUAUCGAGCAUAUCCAUUUUUUCGACACGCUCUUAAACUAAUGCGAGAAGGCGAUUUCAUGGCGGCGAAUUUCGAUGAGACAGGUAUCAAUAUUCUCCUAUGGAAAGCCAAGGCCAAUCAUACAUUUUGUAAAAUUGAUCCUUUUUUCACUUAUCUACCAGCUUACGAAAGAAAUCAAUUGACAUGCGAUAAGUACUGUCACACAGCGUUUAUUUUCGUUCAUGGCUCGAAAGUUUACAGCGAGAUGCACGAUGUAUUUCAACGAUUGAUAACUCAUGCAGGUUCACCGUACAUCCAAACACCUUCACACGGUUUCCAUUAUUUAAAUGAAACGCAAUUUACAUGUUGUGAACCGGAUAGUCAACCAUCGUCGAUUCAUCCGCUACUCUGUGAAUAUCGCAAAUAA